AUGAAUGUGUAUGUGGACCACUAUAAUGAACCAAUCUUUGAAUGGAUUGAGGAAGAGGAAAAUGAAGAUCAAGACUACCGCUGUGAAGAGGAUGAAGACUCGGUCUUGUCGGACACUUAUUUUGUUGACCAUGAAGAAGAUGAUGUAGAAUAUCCAUUCCCAGCCAACAAAACCAUGGGUGACAGGUUCUUAAACAAACUUUGUCUACAUAUAGUAAAUGUAGAUGAUCUAUAUGAAGAUGCUGAAUAUGUUGAACCUCAAUACCCUGUGCAUGAUGAUAGACAACCAUGGAAUCAGAUGAAACCACUGUUAGUCAUUACCCUUCUUUAUGAUGGACACAAGGGGUUGCUAGAAGCAGUAAAAGAAAGGUGUCCAGAAGCUGAACACAGACAAUGUGCCAGGCACAUUGUGGCUAAUUUUGCUAAAAGGAAGCUUAUACAAGAUUUGAAGGUUAAACAGAGAUUGUGGGGGGUUACUCCUUGUGGUUAUCAAAAUAUUUGCAAGGAACCAAGCCAUAACAAGAAAAAGUGUCCAUCUAAGCAGCAAACAAAUACAUCAGCACCAAGUUCCUCCAGGGGUAGUGGAGCAGGACCAAGUCAACCAGCAACAGCCCAACCACCACCACCCCCACCACCAGCAGCAGCAGCCCAACCACCUCAACCACCACCAGCAGCAGCAGCCCAACCACCUCCACCACCACUACCACCAAAGGGCCCCAAUUGUUAG